AUGCGAUCGCUGCGCAACAUAUCCCUGGUCUGUUCUCAUUGCGAGGGGGAGGCGGGCGAUGUGAUCCUCGGCGGUGUACUUGACAAACCAGCAAGGACCAUGCAUGAAAAGCUAGUCCGCUUCAUGAACGAACAGGAUGAUUUACGCCGGCUGCUACUGCACGAACCACGGGGUCGCCCAGAAAUGAGUGUUGUCCUUGUGCUGCCGCCCUGCAACCCUCAGGCGGAUGCGGGCUUCCUGAUCAUGGCCCCCGGGGACUGGGUACCGAUGUCUGGGUCGAACACCAUAUGCGCCGUCACAGUCCUGCUCGAAACAGGAGCCAUCUCAAUGAAUGAGCCCUUUACCGAGCAAUGGGAAAUGCAAGUCAGUGUCCUUCGACAACGUCCCGGCCUCGUGUAUGGACUUGACCAAGCGGUCAACAUUCCUGGCUUUGGAACCAUCCUGGUGGACAUCGCAUAUGGUGGCCAGUGGUAUGUGAUUGCCCAGGCCAAAGACUUGGAUAUCGAGAUCCACACGUCAAAUAGAGACCGACUGGUCGACCUUGGCAACCGACUGAAGGCGGCAGUGCUAGCGCAAUAUAUGCCUACACACCCGGAGAAUCCAGCGAUCUGUGGCAUUAAUAAUAUCAUCAUCAGUGAGCCUCUUGUCGACCAGGAUGGGGUGAAGUCAGUGAAACAUACGGUCAUCGUCACGCCCGGAAGGUUGGAUCGGAGCCCAUGUGGUACCGGAAGUUCGUCACGCCUGGCAGUUUUAUACGCCAGAGGCCAAAUACGGAUCGGGGAAAAGGUCACCUUCCGAAGUGUCAUCGACACUGAGUUCAUUGGCAGUAUACGGGGGACACAGAAAGUGGGCAACACCGAUGCAGUACUGCCAAAUAUUCAAGGCAGGGCAUGGAUAACAGGAGAGCGCAAGGUUCUACUAGACCCAGAUGAUCCUUUUCAGGCCGGUUUUUUAAUCUGA